GGAACGUCAGGGAGGGGCGGGAGCCUCUUUAAAACCUGUCUGGGCCCAGGGCAUGGGUGCAAGGUGAGCGGCGAGCAGGCGGCACCGGCUCCCACUGCCUCUGCGGCCAAACGCGGUGACAGACGGACAAAGCGGGACCCACGGACGGGGCCAGGUGACCGCGGGCGGCGAUGGCAGAGUGCACGGAGCUGGAAUGGGCCAUCCAGGUGCUGGUGAACAACUUCGACAAGUACUCGAGCCGCUGCUGCUGCCGGAAGCCGCGGCGCAUCAGCAAGAAGGAUUUCCGCAAGAUGCUGAGCUGUGAGCUCAACCACAUGCUGACGGACACCGGGAACAGGCGAGCGGCCGACAAGCUCAUCUGCGACCUGGACGAGAACAAAGACGGGCGCAUCAGCUUCGAGGAGUACUGGACCUUGAUAGGCGGCAUCGCCAGCCCCAUCGCCCACAUCAUCCGCCAGCAGGAGCAGAGCGUCAAGCACACCAAGUAGCGGGCUGCCCUCCCCGCCCGGACCCCCGGGCUCAGCCCCCGCUUCUCCGCGGCUCCCCGCUUCUCCCCCGCUGCCGAGCCCCUGCUUGUCCCGGAGCAUCCCAGCCUCCUGCGGCUUUGCCGGGGCGGGCAGAGCCUGUGUGAUGGAGUGAAGGGGUGUGAGGCUGGCACGGGGGGCUCCUCCUCGCCCCAUCCCUGCCCUCUUCCCCCCCCUCGGAGUGUCCCAUCCUUGCUGGGAUGCUGGGUGAGAAGCACAGGGAAAGGCUUCCCCGCAUCUAGGACAUGAAUGCUGCCUGUCCUCAGCCCUGCUGGGAGAAACCCCAUCGCGACCGGCACCCCCCUCUUCCCUCGGAGCCCCCUCUCCCCGUCACCGUGUCAGGGUCUCCUUGGGGAUCGGGAUUGCCCCUGCCUUUCCCCCCGCCCCAGCUGGUGAAGGGUCUGCCCUGCCUGCUCCUUCGGGCUCGGUGCGCCUGGGCAGGGCCGUGCGGUUAUUUAUUGCAGCAAUAAAGUUUGGAGGAGCA